AUUAGUAGUACUGAUGCAGCCUGCCAGAAUCCAGCGGGCGAGAGUAACAACACCUGUGUCCAAAGCGGAAACGAGUGACGACGACUGGGCCCGUCUGCUUAGCUGACGUUGUUAUCCUGCUAUUAAUCAGUCCAACCCCCGCCAUCCCGGCCGGAUCAUCGGCGGCGGCGAGCGGCGUCCGUGAUGGUGAUGCAGACGGAGAUGGAGAUGGAGCGCAGGGCCUACGCGCGCGUGGGCCUCCUCGGCAACCCCAGCGACGUCUACGGCGGCCGCGCCGUCUCCUUCGCCGUCGCCGGCCUCUGGGCCACCGUCCGCCUCCGCCCCUCCGACCAGCUCCUCGUCCAGCCCCACCCGCGCCACGACCUCGUCGCCUUCCCCUCCCUCCACGCCCUCGUGGAUCGCCUGGACGGCGGCGGGUACUACGGCGGCGUGCGGCUGCUGCUGGCGAUCUGCAGGAUCUUCCACAACCACUGCAAGCACAACGGAAUCGCCCUGGAGGACAAGAACUUCACCCUGUCAUACGACACCAACAUUCCCCGCCAGGCAGGGCUCUCCGGCUCCAGCGCCAUCGUCUGCGCCGCGCUCAGCUGCCUCCUGGAUUUCUACGGCGUCAGGGACAAGAUCAGGGUCGAGGUCAGGCCCAACCUCAUCCUCAACGCCGAGAAGGAGCUCGGCAUCGUCGCCGGGCUUCAGGACCGCGUCGCGCAGGUCUACGGCGGCCUUGUUUACAUGGAUUUUAGCCAGGAGCAUAUGGAUAAGCUGGGCCAUGGAGUGUACACGCCGCUUGACGUUGAUCUGCUCCCCCCUCUGUAUCUCAUCUACGCCGAGAACCCGAGUGACUCUGGCAAGGUCCACAGCAGCGUCAGGCAAAGGUGGCUCGACGGAGACGAGUUCAUAAUAUCGUCGAUGAAAGAAGUCGCGCAGCUCGCGUAUGAUGGCCACAAUGUGUUGUUGCAGAAGAAUUAUACAGAGCUCGCGAGGCUUAUGAACAGGAACUUUGAUCUGCGGAGGCAAAUGUUUGGAGAUGACGCGCUUGGCGAGGUGAACAUAAAGAUGGUUGAGGUAGCGAGGAGCGUCGGUGCUGCGUCGAAGUUCACGGGCAGUGGUGGCGCGGUGGUGGCUCUGUGCCCAGAUGGGGACGCACAGGCAGAGCUCCUGAAGGCCGCGUGCCAGCAGGCCGGCUUCGCCGUGGAGCCGAUUGAAGUCGCCCCGUCGGCCCUGACAGAGGAGCCGAUCAAAGUCACUCCAUCGCAGCUCACGGAGGAAGAGCUGAAAUUUGUUAUGGGGUAGAUAAAAGCAGUGGAAGUAUGCAAUUUGUUGUCACCACAGGAGUGUUCAUUUUCUUCUUCGCUCAAGUCAUCACAGGAUCACAGGAGUUUUUCAUGUUGUUUUAUACUCCCUUUGUAAAGUAAGACCCUUUAGAUCCCUAAAAGACCUUUUUAGAUCACUACUUUAGGGAUGUAAAAGGUACGCCCUCCGUUCCUUUGAACUAAAACCAUGACGAGUAAAUUGGAACGGAGGGAGUAUUAUAUUACAUCUACAGAGGUAUACUUUUGUGCUUGUGUGGUGUAAGUGUUACACUGACGUAUUAUCAUGCUGAUGCAUGCAAAAUAAAAGGUUCCUUUUCUUACCGA